GGCCCGCCGGGACGGCGGCGUUUCCGGCCCCGGCGGUGGCGGGAGUAUUUGGAGUUGGUCCCCGGCCGAAAACAUCAUGUCUCAGGAGCGCGCGGUCCCGGCGAGCGCGGGGCCCCUGGAGGAGCUCAGUGGCUGGCCCGAGGAGCUGUGCCGCCGGGAGCUGCCGUCCGUGCUGCCGCGGCUCCUCUCCAUGUAUCAACGUUCUGACAGCUGGAUCGAGCAUAUUCAAAUUCUGAAAAUUAUUGUAGAAAUGUUUUUACCUCAUAUGAACCACCUGACAUUGGAACAGACUUUCUUUUCACAAGUGCUGCCAAAGACUGUGAAAUUAUUUGAUGACAUGAUGUAUGAGUUAACCAGCCAAGCCAGAGAACUAUCAAGCCAAAACAUAGAAAUCCAGACCAGUCUAAGGAAUAUUUUACAAACAAUGGUGCAGGUCAUCGGAGCUCUUACAGGAUGUGUUCAGCAUGUGUGUGCCACACAGGAAUCCGUCAUUCUCGAAAAUAUUCAGAGUCUCCCCUCCUCAGCCCUACAUGUAAUCAAAAGUACCUUUGUACACUGUAAGAAUAGUGAAUCGGUCUAUUCUGGGCACUUACACCUCGUUUCAGACCUUCUGCAGGCCCUUUUCAAGGAGGCCUAUUCUCUCCAAAAGCAGCUAAUGGGACUGCUGGACAUGGUGUGCGUGGGCCCUUUGGUAGACAGGAGUGAUGGCAUUUUGAAUAUGGUGAUCGUUAUUCAUUCAUUGUUGGAUAUCUGCUCUGUUAUUUCCAGUAUGGACCACGCAUUUCAUGCCAAUACUUGGAAAUUUAUAAUUAAGCAGAGCCUUAAGCACCAGUCGGUUAUAAAGAGUCGGUUGAAACACAGAGAUAUCAUCACUAGCUUGUGUGAAGACAUUCUUGUCUCCUUCCAGUCUUGUCUGCAGUUAGCUGAGCAGAUGACCCAGUCUGACGUGCAGGAUAAUGCUGAAUACAGAUUAUUUCAGAAAACACUGAAAUUGUGUCGUUUCUUUGCCAACUCUCUUUUGCACUAUACUAAGGAAUUUCUUCCCUUCCUCUCCGAUUCGUGCUCUGCGUUGCAUCAGCUUUAUCUUCAGAUACACAGCAAGUGUCCUCCAAGCCUGUAUGCCACCAGGGUCCCUCAAGCCCAGCAGGAUGAGAUAGCGGCUGCUUUCCUAGUGACCCUGGACCCGCUCGUCGGUCAGCUGCUCGCCUUCCAGCCUUUCGUGCACGUGGUUUUGGACAGUACAUUAGAGCUGCCCUGUGAACUGCAGUUCCCACAGUGUCUGCUGCUGGUGGUCAUCAUGGAUAAGCUGCCCUCUCAGCCGGAGGCCGUGCAGAGCCUGUGGUGCACAGGAAGCCAGGUCUCAGAAGCCACAGCCAGGGUAUCCCUACUCAAAGCCAUUUUUGACAGUUUCGAGCAGUGUUCUGGUGAACUCUCUCUGCCUGUUCAUUUACAGGGAGUAAAGAGGCAGGGGCAGGCCGAGGUCGCGGUCACCUUGUAUCAGCACGUUUGUGUUCAUCUGUGUGCAUUUAUUGCUUCCUUUCAUCCCUCACUGUUUCCCGAACUGGAUGCUGCUCUGUUGCGUGCCGUGCUGAGCGCUAACAUGAUCACCUCUCUGUUGGCCAUGGACGCGUGGUGCUUCCUCGCUCGAUAUGGGACCGCGGAGCUCUGUGCCCAUCACGUCACCGUAGUGGCCCAUCUGAUAAAAUCUUGCCCUGGAGAAUGUUAUCAGCUCACCAACCUGUCAGUACUGCUGAGGCGUCUCUUCUUCUUCAUGGCCCCACCCCAGCAGGUGGAGUUUAUCCAGAACUUUCCCCCAAAAGCAGCAGGAAACCUGCCGCUGUGGCAGUGCAUUUCCUUCCAGGCGUUACCUGCUGAGCUGAGGGAGCAGACUGCCCGCGAGGUCGCCGGGCUGGGCACUGCGCAGUGCAGGAAGUGGCUGAGCAGCACCCGCACCUUGGGGGAGCUGGACUCUCUGAACACAGUGCUCUCUGCUUUGCUGGCUGUGUGUCAUUCUGCUCGUGAAGCUCUGGAUAUUGGACAGCAGGCUGCAGUUAUCGAAGUUGGGAGUCAGCUCUGGGCUUUUCUAAACACUAACCUGGUAACGGGUCAGCCUUGUGUGCAGCAGGCCCUCAGCCUUUUACUUCCACUGCUGGGAUCUUUCAUUCAGACUCUAGACCCUCCGCUGAUCAGUCAGGUCGUAACACUGCAGGCCUCCCUGCUGCAGUCACAGCCCCCUGACCACGUCCGCCUGGCAGUGCUGGAUUUUGUCUCCUCACUAGGAAAACUUCUCUUAUCUGAAGCUCUCCAGGAUAAAAUCCUGCCUGGCCUGUCGUGUGUCUUCGCCCUGCUGCUGGCCGACGGGAACUGGCUGCUGGAGCACCACGCCGUGGAGGCCUUCACUCACUUUGCUGAGGGAACGAAUCAUGAAGCGAUAGUCCCAGAGUGUCUCAGAUCUGAAGAAACGAAGAACAAAGUCGUAUCCUUUCUGGAGAAGACGGGGCUUGUGGAUGAGACAGCAGCUGCCAGAGCCGAACGCGUGAAACAGGAGAAAGCGCUGCUCUGGGCGUCGUCCGCCCGCACGCCGCUGGCGGCAGAGCGGCCCCCUCUGCAGCCGCACGCAAAGAGAGCCCGCCCGGGCCGCCCCUUGGGAGAGGAGUACGGGGCAGCGCUGCAGGCAGCAGUGAGGGCCCUGGACGCAAUCGAGUCACUGCUGCACCAGGCUCCCGCUCCAGACGGGCUUCUCUCGGAACUGGAGAUGCUUCAAGGAAGGAUCGAUGAGCUAAAACGCCGUGUUCUCUAGGGUGAAACUCGCAUGGACCAUAUUGUCCUUAGAGUUGGGAUUAUCCUGGAAAAAAAGUGGUAGAGUCCACCUUUCCAUAGCACUUGCUCCUCACAGAAACUGGCCUUGGUCAAAGGCACACAGGCUCCUCCCACGAGAGCCUCCGCCCAGGCCCGAGCCCGCCCUCCAGGCCCCUC